AUGAGCUUUGCCAUUGAAGCCCCUGGCGAGGCCCAACCGCUCACCCCAGCGGAGCUCUUUGUCGCCCUUCGAGACGCGGCAGCAUCUUCAACACCAGCUCCUAGGAGGCAAGCCGUGGGCCAGCAAUUGACAUCUUGGGAGUCCCAGCAAGGCUAUUAUUCAUCGCUUCAGCUGAAGAAUGGAAUUGACCGCCACUGGAGACUAUUCAAUCAUGUCAAGGGAGGGUUGACUGAGCCGGAGAAGGCCGCCAUACGUUCAAGGCUGUUCCAAGGCACCGUUGAAGAAGAUAACAAGGCCCUUGCGCUACAGAACGCUCUCGCGGUGGCUAAGGUUGUUAGGAUCGACUACCAAAAGGCGUGGCCGGAAGCUCUACCAAGUCUCAUUGCUCUGCUGCGGACCUAUAAAAAUGGGGACGAAAAUAAAGUACACGGUUCUCUGCAAGUUGUUCUCCGCGUCGUGAAGGAGAUGUCAACCGCUCGCCUACGGACUUCGCAGACGGCUCUUCAAGGCAUUACGCCAGAGCUUUCACAUAUCCUCGGAGAAAUAAUUUGCGUGAAAAUUGCCCAUCGCCCGUUCCAAUCGUUUCGAUACCGAUCCGACGAUGAGAAGAAGGACCGCGAGACGGCCGUGGAGCUGCUCAAAACACAAUGGCUUACAAACGACUUCGUGACCCAAAUCACGAAUACUCUGAUUACGCGGCUCUUCUUGUUCCGCAAAUCAGACCUGGACGCGUGGGAGCAAGAUCCUGAAGAAUGGGAGCAAAGGGAGCAGGGUGAAGGCAACGCGUACGAGUUCGAAGUCCGCCCUUGCGCAGAGAAGCUAUUCCUUGAUUUCUUGACCAGUUACAAGGAUCUCUUGAUCCCACCGCUCCUCGGCUACUUCAAUGCUUCGACGGACCCCAACGCAGACCUAACCACGAAAGAGGCGGUUUACACGGCAAUGGGCUUGGCGGCAGCUCACCUCUCCACGUACUUCCAUAACAACAAACCAGAGUCGGAAGGGCGCCAGAAUAUAGAUUUUGACAGCUUCCUGGAGACAACCCUGGUUAGAGAUUCCCAACAGCAGGGACCACUCGCCAAGGUCCUCCGGCGGCGUAUCGGUAUUCUCCUGAGCCAGUGGGUCACGGUCCAGAGCACGGAACGGAACCGGCCUGUUAUCUAUCAGCUAUUUACGCAUUUCAUGAACCCCAACGACGAGUGCAACGACCUAGUUGUCCGGAUCACGGCGGCCAGGCAACUUCGAUGGGUUGUGGACGAGAUGUACUUUGACGUGGACAAGUUCCUGCCGUUUGCGACGGAUGUCAUGUCGCAGCUGGCCGAUCUCGUGUCUACAAUCGACGUGGAUGAGUCAAAACUGGCCAUCUUGGAGACGAUGAGGCUGCUCGUGACGAGGAUAGAGAACCACGCCACGCAUUUUGCAGACUUCCUCAUGUCGGCCCUGCCCCAGAUAUGGGAGGCGUCGGGCACCGAGGAAUUCAUGAUCAAGCAGGCAGUGAUUGCCAUCUUUAGCGCGCUCGUCAUGUCCAUGGGUCCCGAAUCUCAGAGAUAUCAGCAUCACAUAGUCCCGCUCAUCGCCGAAUCGGCACGUCCUGGUUCCGGUCUUCACGGGCACUUGAUUGAUGAAUCCCUGGAGCUUUGGAACUCUGUCGUCAUGCAGAGUAAUCCACCUUUAUCCGGCGAACUUGUCAAUAUCUAUGAAUUAGCCAUACCUCUGUUGGAGUAUGAGACGGAGACUGCGUCUGCGUCCCUCGACCUUGUCGAGUCUUACAUUCUCAUGGCCCCGGAGGCCAUACUGGAGGAUCGUUUCCGACGGCCUACACUGAUUGGUCUCGGUGAGCUUCUGAAGUCGCAGAGUCGCGAAAGAGUCCGUCAGGCUACGGUUUGCAUUGAGUACGUGAUCCGCUCUGCGACGGAGCUCGGGGGUGUCAGCGGCGUUACCGUUGUGUUGCAGGACUUGAUGGAGAUUGGCCUACUCGGAGCCAUCAUCGAAGCGCUUCACGACGCGUGGGAUGCGCAUCAAACGACGGGUCGAACCGGCGGCCCUAGCAGAGCCAAACGCGUUUGCCCAAGUGCUCUCACGGUUCGGCCCGGUCGAUGGGGUAUGGAGCUGGCUUCUAUACCUCCUCGGGCUCACCCGGUUCCUGGAACUUGGAGAACCUAUACAGCCGUUGGUGCUCAACAAGCUCCAGGACUACCUGACUAUGUGGACCAACAUCAUCUCGGACCUCCAGGACGGAGAAGAGACGGACUGCCUUAUCACGACGGAGCUUCCCCGGAAGAGUGGCAUUGUCCCAAGAACACGAGAGAAAACGAGUUGAUGCUCAAAGACCCCGUGCAUAGCGUUCACGCAUUCGAGUUCGUCAAGGCCAGAAUCGCAGACGUUGUGCAACGGGUUGGUGGGGAGCAGAGGUUCCAGGAGGACUGGGUAGCGAAUGUGGACCGGGAUGUCAUGGAUAGGUUCCAGCAGCUUAGCCAGUUUAUGGCCAGCAAGGGGAAAUAG